CGUCUGCGUUGUCUGCACUCUUUCCUCCUUUUGGUGCCUCGGGUGAAACGCAUGUCCCAUUCAAUCGAUUUUCCGUGUGUUUUAGAUGGUAUACAUGAAGUCCGCUGGUUGAUAUGAGCUAUAUAGAGUAAGUGUAUUGUUUAUUUGCACAUGAAACCUAAUGUACUUCGGCAGUGCGUGUGGAAAUUCCAAUAAUUCGGCGCGUCGUUAAGCCUAACAGCAGGCAUCUGCAAAGUUUUGUUGCCAAUUCUUGGCAUUUCCUAACACAUUACGUGUCAGAAGGCCGUUGACAAUGAGAACAGAGUCCCAUGGCUGAGCACACAAGCAGCACCAAGUGCUUUUAAUAUCUGGAACCCUGCAACCUUGUGAUAGACCGUAUCGAAUGUGUGCUGCAACUUCAGAUGGGACGUCACAGCUAUGGUGGGAAGGCCUCGGAGGGCACCGUCGCCGAGGCUCCACACCCCUGUAUCGUGUUGUUACAGUUGCAGUGUCCGAGGCAGCCCUUUGCGUCCUUCUCUGGCCCUGGCUUCGUGAUGUCCCACAGAUAGGGGUGCCCUUAUUCGUGGUCCUCUCUCUAGCCAUCCAGUUGGCGGCUGCAGUCAUUUGGCUCUACCCUCCAGCCACGUCUCUGUUGAGACUCAGACGACACCCAGAACAAAAGCCUCUGAAAGCAGCUUUAGGAAUUGUGCUAGUGUUUGCACUGGCAGUGGCUGUCUUUUACGUUCUCGCGGUGCUUUUUGGAGCUCCACUCACAGAGCAAAUGUCUGAGACAUUGCUAUUUAGCAUUCAUUUGGCCGCACUGACGACGCUGCCCCUGGUGGUGACGCGUGACACAACUCCGAAGGCACUCCAUAACCUCUUCUUUGGUGAUGGUUCCAUCAGGUGCGCCUUGCCAGGCGGCCCAAAUGCGGACCAUCGAACGCGCGUCUUGACGCGUGCUGCCAUGUUUGCCGUGGCAGGGGCGUGGGCCGGGGCUGCCGCCCUGCCUUUGGACUGGGAUCGCCCCUGGCAACAGUGGCCAACACCCUGUGUCCUGGGUGCCAGUGUAGGACAUCUGCUGGCCUUUCUGCUUCCAGUGCAGGCAACUGGACCGUAUCUGUAGAGUAUGGAAAGACCUGCAGUAGAAACGUUCCUGGUGAAGCAAAGUUGUACGAAAGCGAAUAUUGCGGCACACUGUUGAAUUAGAUGCAGCGUACUGGAGUCUGGUGAAAUAUCAUUCUAUUUGUUUGAUUUGAAGCUGGGUGAAAUAACGGUGUGUUUGUUUCAUUUGAAGCUGGUAAGUGGCUUGGUAAUCCCUCAACUUCUGCUGAGGGUGUGUUUGUGGGCUGUCGAAGGGAGGGACUUUCAAAUCGAGCAUGAUGGCUUGCUUGGCGUGCUUGUGUUGUGCUUCAGAGCACGAUCUAUGCUGUAGAUAAUGCCGUAGGGUAGGCUGAUCUACCUGAUAAACUAAUUUAAAUUUUCUUCGUAUCAAUAAAUUGCGCUUUUUUAGAGUCUGA